CUUGAUGAGUCUGACUUGCUAUGUUUCUUUCUCUGCCUUAGUGACCUCGCUAGCUUUGACGGUUUUUCCCCCCCAUUCUCUGGCUAUAGGUUUUCGCGCCCAUCGCCAGCCUGCAAUGCCCCUCGUUGGCUGUGUCUCUCGCUGGCUAUGUCCCUGGCUGGGCCCCUCGUUGGCUGUGUCCCUCGCUGGCUAUGUCCCUGGCUGGCUAUGUUCCUGGCUGGCUGGGUGACUUUGCGAAAUGUAUAGCACAUUAUCCUCAGUUCACUGGCUAUCACUGACUAUCGGCUUUGGUGACGACCAUUGGCUGAAUUUAGAGGCAGACAGUGAUGAUGACUUCAAGUACGAAGAGGUGGAGGUUGAGAGCGAUGAAGAGGAGGAGGAUGAUCAGUCGGAGGAUUUGGAAUCAGCUCUGCAGCGCCUGAAUUCGCCAGGUUCUCGAAUUCAAGUUCCUGGCACCCCUCAGACAGCAGUCAAAAGGAUACCUGAGGUUAUUGAUGACUUCAUCAGAAAUUUCCUUAUCAAGAUGGGUCUCAUGCAGACUUUGGAGGCCUUUGAGGUUGAAUGGCAUGAGCACAAGGCAUUUGGGAAGCUCCCGGUAGAUUUGCCUUUGGUGCCCAGCGUCUACCAGCAAAACCAGAAGCUGAUGGAAACCAUCACAGAUCUGCGGCGGGAAUAUGAGAAAGCGAAACAACUUGCUGAAAAAGCUCGAGUGAUGUGGGAGAAAUUCCGAAAAGAAAGGGACUUUCAUCGAAUGCAUCACAAGCGCGUCACUCAGGAAAAGAACCGACUUAUUCUUGACGUCAAGAGACUGAGGGAACAUUAUGCCAAGUAUGAGCCCACAAUCCUAGAGCUGCGGACAAAGCAUGAAACAGCCCUCAAGGAGAAAAUGCUCAUGAAAAUCGACCGGGAUCGAUUAGAAGCCAAGGUAAAUACACUUGAGAUGACGAUCAAAACUCUCGAGGCAGGGAAAAGUGAGGCAAAAGUUAUGUCGGACACGAAAAAGGCACCAGCAAAAGUACCAGGGCAUAAAGGAGAUGCAGUGUUCCCUAGCGGAGCAUCUUUCAAUCCGUAUUGGAACACUACAUACGAGCCGCCUCGCAAUAAGAAUUAUCUGCUGGCAAAAACCUUCAGGGGACACGCUAUGCCCGAAGGGGAAAAUGAAGGGGAAGGGGAAGGGGGAGGGGGAGGGGGAGGAAAGGAGAAGCUGAAUGGGAAAGGGAAGGUGAAGAAGAAGGGAAAGGCGAAGGAAGGAGAAGGGAAGGGGAAGAAAAAGGACAGGAAGGGGAAAAUGAAGGGGAAGGGUGAGGGGAAGGAGAAGGAGAAGGAGAAGGAGAAGGAGAGUGGGAAAGGGAAGAUGAAGGGGAAGGGGAAGGAGAGGAAGAAGCAGAAGCAGAAGGAGAAAGGGAAGGGAAAGGGGAAGCCGAGGUGCAGGCAAGGAACUGAAGGACAAAGAAUUGAAGGCAAGAGAAAGAAUGGGAAGAGGAUAUGGAAGGAAAGGGAAUAUAAAAAGGGGAGGGAAUAUGCCAAAUUGCCCAAGGGAGCGGCAAAAAACUGAACAAAAAUCAGAAAGAAAGUUUGGCGAGGUUGUGCUCGCUAGUGAACUGUCACGGCGAAGCAUUCAGGAAAUCUGGGAAGUGUUUGACAACAAAUACAAACACUAUUA